UUUAUACGUUAUAUAAUAUUAUACUCAAAGACACCAGAAAAACUAAAAAGAUUAACCAUGAAACAUAUUUUUUUAAUGUUUAUACAACUAAUAUUCACAAUUUAUUUGGAAUCUGCCAAAUCUAACAGUGCAAAUAUAUUUUCGACUUCUCCAAUUGGUCCAUACAAGUUAGUCAUGAAACAACUUUAUAGUUGCAAUCCUACAAAGAACAAUAAAAUUCAGCAUAACUGGUAUUUAAGUCACAGGGAUAAUACAACAUUUAUUCUUGGAAAUACAACCGGUGAUAUACCGUUUGACGACACAUUAUCUUUUGAAGUUAAAAUGGCUCUCAGAGAUUCACACGGAAGAUGGCAAGAAAAUUCGUUUAUGCAAAAAUGGACAAAAGCAUGCACUUUUGUAAAACAAAUAGCUGGAAAUGCGUUGGCUGAAAUUUCUUUUGGUCUUGGAUUUAAUACUACCAAAUGCCCUAUACCUGCGAAUUUUUACGAUGCUCCGGGAAUGGAUAUUUCAAUAAUAAAGAAUACUAAUGUACCAAAAUCUUUUUUAUAUGGGACAUACAAAUUUAAUGUUUAUUAUACAAGACAAAAUGAAAUAUAUGGCUGUCAAAUAUGUAUUCUGGAAAUUAAACGUCUUUGAAAAACAAAAUAUAUUUAUUAAAUAUCAUCUGUUUUUAUCAUGUUUAUAUAAAUAUAUGGUUUAAUAUAAUAUAAAAAAAAAAUUAAUUACCUAUAUUAAUUACCUAUUACCUUAUUUUUUUAUUCUUAUUUACUGAUAUUUUAUUAAUUAUAUAAAUACUUUUUUUAAAGUCUUUAUCAUAGUCCAAGAACGGAGUGAACAAAAUAACAAAUUAAUUCAACUAUAUUGCCUGCAUUAAUUCAGAUCAGUGAAAUUAACAGUACCUAUUGUAACGAAAUGGAGAGUUCACUGUUUGACCUGAUAAUAGCUGAGACGAUGGUUAUAUUAGAUUAUUUAAAAUGAUAUGCAAACCAUUAGUCUAAGGCAGUUGUUCUCAACUGGGGAGACAUGUCACCAUAGUUUGACAUGGACCAAGCUAGAGAUGACGUGAAAUAUUAGAAGUGAUAAAUUAUUAUUAUUUUUGCUCUUAUUUUAUUUAAUUUGCCAAUUUAAUGUUUAAAUUGUUUAAAGUGUCAACGUUUUGAACGUUUUUUUCUAAGUACUAUAUUUUAUUUAUUUAUUUGUUUUUAAUAAAAAAUUAAUUUUAAAAUAUACAGCUAAGAUUGUUUAUUAUUUUAAUGUUAAGAAAACUCAGUGUUUAAUUUAA